ACGAAAAUAGCAGUCAGAUGACCACCGGGCCAGCCACUUUCUGCCCAGUGCGGAGCUGCUCACAGCUGCUGAGGCUAAAAACAGGCACGAAGGGCACACGCCUCGGGAAGAGCCCUGCCCUGGGCUGCGGGCGCAAUGCGGUCGCUCCGCUUCAUCGCUGCGGGAGCCCUGGUGUCCUGCCCGCAGCUGGCCCUGCACAGCCUGGACAGCGUGGCCCACAACCUCUACCCGCUCCUGUUCAAGGCCAGCUACCUGCUGGAGCAGGCGCAGGUGAUCCGCGCCGUGCUGGCGCGCUGGCCCGCGGAGGAGUUCCGGCUGGGCGCGCUGCUGGGGCCGAGCAGCGACCACGCCGAGGACCUGCGGGACCGCGCCUGCAGGGCCUGCCUGGAGGCCUGCGUGCGCGGCCUCGCGGACCACGUGCUGCGGGGAGGGAGGCGCCGGCGGCUGCGGGUGGCCGACCUCACCGGCGUCCGUGACGUGCAGGUGCAGCGGUGCCCCUGCGGGAGGCCCCUGGGCAAGUGGGGCCGCACCCGGCUGCUGGCCGAGACCUGCUGCGCGCUGCAGGCCGAGCCCCUCGAGGCCGCGCGCCCCGUCCACGUCCUCGCCGACCUCUUUGUCACCGAGGGCAACUUUGAGGCGGUGGUGCAGGCCCUGAGGCCGGCGGGCCAGGCCCCUCUGCGGGUGCGCUGCGCCUCACUGCGCGCCGACAGCCUGAGCCCCCGCCAGCUCCUGCAGCUGCUGCGCCUGGCCGGGCCGGGCACGCUGCGCAAGCUCGCCGUGGUGCACAACGUGCGCCUGCACGCCGGCCACGUGCGCGACCUGCUGCGGGUGGGCCUGCCCCAGCUGGCCUCGCUCACCCUGCCCACCAAGGCCUUCGACACUCCUCCUGCCUGUGCCUCGACUCCCGGCGGGGAGGACGCCCUUCUCGCCGCCAUCGCCGGGGAGCUCAGCCAGAUGAGCCAGCUCACCGAGCUGGGCGUGGCCUUCUCCAGGCUGACCGGGAAGGUGCAGACGCUGCUCAGCCCCCUGAGGACCCCACUGCGAGCACUGGACCUGGCCAACUGUGCCCUGAACCACGCAGACAUGGCCUUCCUGGCAGACUGUGUCCACACUGCCCACCUGGAGGUGCUGGACCUUAGCGGGCACAACCUGGCCAGCCUGUACCCCGCGACCUUCUUCAGGCUGCUCGGCCGGGCGGCCCAGACUCUGAGGGUCUUGACCCUGGAGGAGUGUGGACUCACAGACGGCCACGUCAGCAUGAUGGUCCUGGGGCUCAGCCCCUGCCACCAGCUCCGGGAGCUCAAGUUCCUCGGGAACCCGCUGUCGGCCCGGGCCCUGAGGCGCCUCUUCACGGCCCUCUGCGAGCUCCCCCAGCUGCGGUGCGUUGAGUUCCCGGUGCCCAAGGACUGCUACCCUGAGGGGGCCCCCUACCCCCAGGACGAGCUGGCCAUGUCCAAGUUUGACCAGCAGAAAUACGACGCAAUCGCCCAGGAGCUGCGUGCCGUGCUGCUCCGCGCAGACCGCGAGGACAUCCAGGUUUCCACACCCGUCUUUGGAAGUUUUGACCCAGACAUUCAAGAAACAAGCAAUGAGCUGGGCGCCUUCUUGCUGCAAGCUUUCAAAACUGCUCUAGAAAACUUUUCCAGAGCACUCAGACAAGUGGAGUAGGCCCUGAGAUCACGCAAAGACAGGUCUUUUGUUCCAGCCCGCAGGCGCCAGGGCGUCGGUCCUGGGUCAGGGCGGGCCCAGCAUCCACCCACCACCACCGUCAAAAUCGUUUCCUGCUGAAAACCAAAGGCACGGCUGUAGGAGCUGGAGGAGAGGACGCCCUGUCUUCCAGAUGUGACGGGAGGUGACCUCAGUGUUGGCAGGAAGGAGCUCGGCCUGGCAGUGCUUGGCAGCUAGAGACACGACGCACCUGAGACAGACACAGCUGCACGUGGUUCCCACCAAGAUUGGCUUUGUGGGCCGGGCGAGGUGGCUCACGCCUGUAAUCCUAGCACUCUGAGAGGCCAAGGCGGGA